AUGACACGUGCUGGCUUCAAGGGUAAGGUGCUCGGUAAGGAGCGCAAGCAGGCGCUGCUGGAUGCCCGCAAGAAGGCUGUUGCCUCCCGCAAGGCGCGUGACGACCGCCGCUGGAAGCGCGUGCUGGCGAAGAUGGACUCUGAGAAGCGCAAGAAGUAUCACGGCGUUGGCAACACCGCUGAGCGCUCGCGCGUGCGUGGCUCUACCCGUGCCGCGCUUCGCAAGCAGACCGGCCGCAAGCCUGACAACAUCACUGUGGAGGCAACUAUCCACCUGGCGAAGCUGCUCAAGAAGAAGACCUUCCACAAGCGCGCGCCCAUCGCCAUCAAGCGCAUCAAGGCCUUUGUUGGCAAGCUGAUGAAGACGAAGGACAACCGCAUCGACGCCUCUUUGAACACGUACAUUUGGCACAAGGGCGUGAAGGGUGUUCCUGGCCGUGUUCGCGUGCACGUGGAGCGCAAGUCUGAGACCCCCGAGGGUGGCAAGCGCAAGCACUUCUACACCGUCAUCUCCAACGUUCCUGUCGCCUCCUUCAAGAACCUCACAACGAAGGUGACUGAGCAGUAA